GCCUCUCCGUUAGUUAAAACAAACCACGACACAGCAGCUUCUCACCAACAUAACGAUUCAGCGAGACGUUAUAAAUCAUACCGUGAGACGCACGGCCUGGCUUGCACACCGGAUGCCGUUAAUCUUCCCCCGGACCGUUUCCGGUUGCUGGUGCCUGGAAGAUGGCGGCCGCGGUGAGGAGCGGGAUACUGAGCAGCCGGUGGUGCUGGCGGGGGAUCCGCGCAGCAUCUCCUCGUGGAAUCGGCGGGAAAAUCCCGGCUGGUGCGCGAGAUGUUACUGUAUGCAGUUAUCGACACAAAACAGUAUAUUCAGCACUUCCGGAUGAUUACAAUUGCAAAGUUGAACUUGCUUUGACAUCUGAUGGGAAAACUAUAGUCUGCUACCACCCCUCAGUUGAUAUCCCAUAUGAACACACAAAGCCCAUUCCUGUACAGGAUCCUUUACACUGCCAUGAAGAAACACAUGAGCAAGUGCUCAAAGCCAGAUUACGAGAAGCUGACCCCAGUCCUGCACCAACAAUAGAACAGCUCAGUAAAAUGUUUUACACAACCAAACACCGCUGGUAUCCCGUUGGACAGUAUCAUAGAAGACGCAUGAAGACAGAUCCCCCUAAAGACCGAUGACUUUAGCAUGUUUUGGUAUCUUAUGUUGUUCAGUUAUGUGUGUGUCUUCAUUACUGCCAAAUGCCAUAUUCUCUUUCUGUUUGAUCGGAGGAGUAACCAAAUUUGGAAAAGUAAUCAAACUAAUAAAAUGUUUACCUAUA